AUGUUCAUAUCUUCAAAAUGUGCUCUGCAGGGAUUAAAGCAACGGCGCUUUGUUUUCAUUGUGAUCUGUGCGAUAAUAGUAUUUGGCGGGCAGGGAUAUUGGUGUAGCAACCCAGAGCGAAGAAGGCCGGCAGGGGGAGAUAUAGUAGAUAUAAUAGUCGAUAAAACAAUAGAUAAAGUGGCAGAAAGUCCGACAGAUGAUAUGAUAGAUAGAUUGGUGGAUAGAGGGGUGGAUGGAAUAGUAGAUAGAGUGGCAGAAAGUUUGACAAAUGAUGUGAUAGAUAGAUUGGUGGAUAGGGUGGUGGAUAAGGUGUUGGAUAAGAUGGAGUGGAAAGGGGAAGGAGAAGGGAAGCAAAGUACUAUCCAAUAG